AUGGAGCUGAUUCCAACAAAUUCUGGACGCAUAUUUGAUUGCGUUCAUAUUAACAAACAACCGGCUCUUGAUCAUCCUUUAUUAAAAAAUCACAAAUUACAGAGAAAACCAAGUUUCAAAAGAAAAAAUAAUCAAACAAGUGUAAAAAAUUCGCGAAACCUCAUACACUGGCUUGAGCAUGUUAGGUGUCCAAAAAGAACCGUUCCUAUUCAGAGAUUAACCAAAGAUGAUCUUAUUCGAGGCAAAUCUGUAUUAAAAGUUCAUAACCAAGGCGUCAUUAUUCAUCAAGCCCAUGUGCUCCAUGGAGUGGUGGAUAAUAUCCAUGGAAUCAAGGGAACUACUAGUAUUUAUAAUCUAAAACUUAAUAAUAAUCAAUCAAGUACAGGUCAUUUAUUCCUUCAAAAUAAAGUCAUAGGUGCUGCUACAAACCGAAUUAUUGUUGGAUGGCAUGUAUCACCAAAAUUAUACAGAGAUGAUCAUUCAACUUAUUUCUACGCAUUGUGGACGUCAGAUAAUUUCAAAAGUACCGGAUGCUACGAUAUGUUGUGCAAGGGUUUCGUUCAAACAGAUAGGUCAUAUUACCUUGGUUCACGUAUACGUAGAACAUCUACCUAUGGCGGAGAGAUGAUUGAAAUGCCAAUUUCUCUUAAUAAGGAUCGAAUCAGCCAUAAUUGGUGGUUGACAGUGGCAGAUAAGACUAUCGGAUAUUUUCCGGCAGCUAUAUUCUCUGAUAUGGUCAAAGUUAGUGGGGGAUGGGGUGGAGUCACAAGAACUCCUGAGGGUACUUAUAGUCCUCCAAUGGGAUCCGGACACUUACCUGAUAAAAAUUUCGUUCAUGCAAGUUAUUUUAGAGAUGUUGGAAUUCAAGUUGAUCAUUCUGAAAGAUAUCAUCAACCAAACAUUAUUGAAGACAAUAAUGAUAACUUUAAUUGUUAUGAUAUUAAUUACUAUGGAGAUCAAGGAGAAAAUUUUGGAUAUUCUCUUCAGUUUGGAGGACCCGGUUGUAAUAAAUAA